CUGGGGCAUUGUUUGUUAAAGUUGUCAGUUGAAGUAUAGGGACCUUAAUGCAUUUUUAAAAAUAGAGAAAUGUUUUUGUUACAGCUGUUACUGGUGUAUUGGGCAUUCCAGAUUAGGGUGAGGGAAGCUUCAACAAUUUUAACAGUAGCAUAAAAACAAAUAAUUUAGCAGCGCUAUAAUUACAACAAAUUUAUUAAGGCAUAAACUUUUAUGGACUAGACUAUGGCACGGCAAAUGUGCGAGUCCUUAAAGCUAGCAUAAAGCUUUUUGCUGGUUUUGCUGCAAGAGAUUAGCAUGGCUUUCUCUCUGGAAAUCAAUUGUUGUUGUUUAGUCGUUUAGUCAUGUCCGACUCUUCGUGACCCCAUGGACCAGAGCAUGCCAGGCACCUCUGUCCUCCACUACCUCCCGCAGUUUGGUCAAAUCAAUAGGAAGAUGUGAACACUGGUCCCCAAAAUUAAAAUAUUGUGUCCCUGCUAAAUAGAUGAUAGUCUUACUGCCUAGGUACGGGGCACUACAGGAGAUAUUACUCCCCUUGUUUAUGCUUAAAGCAACAGUAUAAAAAAAAUGUUGUGCAUUGUAGUCUUUCUGGCAGAUUAUACAAUGGGAGCAUUUGUAUAAUACAAAUAGUUAACUGGCUGAGAAAACAUUACAAAGUAGACCAGUUGCUUGCUGUAGAAGGAGGCCUUGCUGUUUCAGGCCCUACCAGGAAGCAUGAGACUCUUCUCUCUCCUCAUGCUUGCUUACUAAGAGGAUUCUGAAUCCUGCACAGACAUUCAGAGUGACAUUUUAUUUAUUCUGGUUUAUAAACAGGACAGAUAGCUAAAUCCUGAGUGGAAAAGCAAAUUCAAAACAAAAUGUUGCUCUUUCCCUCUUGGCCUUUCCAUUUGGAGAACUGAAAAGAUUCAAUAGAGUAGAAAGUUCUGUUCCUUGGGGCAAAGUUUCCCCCUCAAAUAGGCAUGAUUCUGUUUCUUUGUACUAGAAUAUUCCAGAUAGUGGCCCCUUUUUAGAGGUAAGCCUGUGUCCAGUAAGUAAAGUUCAUAGGGCCAAGUUGUCAAGCCCAUCAGCCUUUCUUAAGAUCCAUCCUAUUUUGGUCUUUUUUUCAGGAGCUAGCUCCUUUCUCAAAGUAACUUGCCUACUUGCUAGGGGGAGGGAAAAGGGGUAAAUAGGAAAUAACCUCAGGCAGAGCUAACUUUUGUUUUUAAAAAAGGACAAGCAGGAUAGCCACCACCCCUCCCCAAAACCAUCAUUCGGGUCAUUAAGAUAAGGCUUCCAUACGCAGGAACUACUUUACGCAUGUUGGGUGGGGCCUGUAUUUCUGCCCGAAAAGGUUCCUUGGCCAACCUCCGUUUAGAGGGAAUCUUUAAAAGAGACAGAAAAAAGCAAGAUUGCCACUUGCAUUUUACCUGCCGCCCCUUUCCAGUCAGGAGAGGUGGGAUCACACAACGGGUAGCUGAGAAGAAACAGGUCCUUACAUGGAAACGGGAGCCAUUCCAGGGGAGGAAGCCGUGUGCCCAAGUGAUGUAGGAGGGCCCAAAUCCAGCCGGGAGAAGUUUCUUCAAGCGUGGUAUGAAAAACGGAAACCCCAGACACACCCCACCGUGUCGUCUCAAGUGUCAGGGUGUGGGUCACCAGCUUGUGCUCCAAGCCAGGAGAAUUGGACAAGGGACACAUCCUUGUCACAUGCCUUUUUCUACCUGAUGGUGGUGCCUCCCCCUCAGGCGCAAUUGUACACGAGUAGCCGGAUGACGGCACAGUGCCCCCGCCAAAGAGACUUGCAUCAUGUGGCCCAAGAGCUGGAGCCGGAAGCAAAUCCCAAAGAGGAAUUCCUGCAGAUCUGCGCUUCAGAUUUGCUGCUUAAGUCUGCAGAGAGGAAGAGGCCACGGCUGCUGCCGCCAAACCGUAAGAUGCACGUGGAGGUGUUGAAGAGGCAGGACUCGCCCCCACUGCAAGAGUGCCAAAAAAGUCCUGUCCCCCUGGAGUACAGCCACCUGCUUGAUGCCAUAGAGAUGACUAAUCUGGCAGACCUUCCUGAGGUGGAAUCCUUCUAUCGAAGUUUCAUUCUCAGGCAGAAACGGAAAGGAUAUUCCAGGAGGGAUGGGCAGCUUCGCCCACAGGCAGAGUGUCGGCUACCUCCCAGGGCCACAGAAGCAGCUUCCUGCCAACAGGGUGCCAGAAGAACCGCCAGGCUGAGAUGCACACAAAACCGGAAGCUGAGCCUGAAGAGGAGCGCUCCUUUGUCUGAGCUCACGGUGGCGACCAAACGGUCUGUGGACUCUUCUCAAAACGGCCACCUUCCGCCAAAGAAAAGAUAUACCCAAGGCUUCUUCUAGGGACACAUGCUGCAAUAUUGGCAGUGUACUAGGAGCAGCCGGUACACAGGGUUUUUUAAUUGGGGAGGAUUUUCCUUCUCCUUAUAUAUAUAUGUAUAUAUAUUUAUAUAUUUUAGCAUAGUCCCUAAUUGAGGUAUUUAAUAAAGUAAGUUAAUUUUGUACUUUUCAAAUAAACUCUUUUUAAUGUUUGUAUAUUUA